AUGGCGGACAAGGACGUGGAAGGCGGGAAACAACCCAAUUCAUCCCACUGCACGAUCCCACAUUAUCGACAAGGUAAUAUAAACUUCACAACCCCUCCCUUCCUGUAAGACUAAUACGUUCUACAGUCCUCGACCAAGGCGGCGUAACCCCCGACGUCGAAAACUGGGACUACGAUGGCAGCGGCACAGAAGAGGACCCGUACGUCGUCGUCUGGAUCGACAACGACCCUCGAAACCCGAUGCAUUACAGCCCGGCGAAGAAAUGGAGUCUUACGAUGUUGGUGGCCAUGUCGACGCUUGCUGUGGCGUUUGUCUCGUCGGCUUAUUCGGGGAGUGCAGAACAGGUGAUUCGGGAGUUUGGAUGCAGUCAGGAAGUGUUUGUCCUGGGCAUUUCGCUCUUCGUGUUGGGCUUUGCCAUUGGGCCAUUACUGUGAGUAUCGAACUCAUUAUUCUUGGAGGAAAGGAGGCAUGGUGUGCUGACGAGGGAUAUGAUAGGUGGGCGCCGUUUUCGGAGCUUUUCGGACGACAGGUCUUGUUUUUCGGAACGUCGUUAGGCCUUACGGCUUUCAAUGCUGGAGCUGCUGGAUCGCAGAAUAUUUGGACGCUCAUCAUUUUGAGGUUCUUUUCUGGUGCUAUUGGAUCUAGCCCGCUCACCAAUGCUGGAGGUGUCAUUGCCGACAUGUUCCCGGCCAAGCAGAGAGGUCUCGCCAUGUCCCUUUUCGCCGCUGCACCCUUCAUGGGUCCGGUCUUGGGUCCGAUCGCGGGUGGCUUCAUUGGCGAGACCGUCGGCUGGCGAUGGAACGAAGGUGUCAUGUCCAUCUUCACUGGAGUUCUUUGGGUCCUUACAACGCUUUUCCUGCCGGAGACGUACCCACCGGUCAUUCUGCGAAAGCGAGCGGAGAAGCUCUCCCAGAUGACUGGAAAGGUCUACAAGACACAGGGCGAGAUUCGACAGGGAGCGACCAAUGUUGCCGAGCUCUUCAAGACCUCUCUGUCCCGGCCAUGGAUUCUGCUUUUCAAGGAACCAAUCGUCUUUCUCCUGUCCAUCUAUAUGGCCAUCAUCUACGGAACGCUCUACAUGUGCUUCAGCGCCUUCCCCAUCGUCUUCCAAGAAAAACGAGGUUGGAGUGCCGGGAUCGGCGGUCUGGCUUUCCUCGGCGUCGCAGUUGGUAUGCUCCUCGCAGUCGCCUAUUCCGUCUACGCAAACAAACGCUACAGCAAAAUCUCCGACGAAUAUGACGGCUUCGCGCCUCCUGAAGCACGACUCCCACUCUGCAUGGUUGGCUCUGUCGCUGUUCCUAUUAGUCUGAUCUGGUUCGCCUGGACAAAUUAUCCUUCGAUCCAAUUCAUGGUGCCCAUCAUCGCCCUCGCACCUUUUGGCUUCGGAAUGGUUCUCAUCUUCCUCGGAAUCAUGAACUACCUCAUUGAUUCCUACACCAUUUUCGCUGCCUCUGUGCUCGCAGCCAACUCCGUCCUGCGUUCGGUUUUUGGCGCCGUUUUCCCGCUCUUCACGACGCAAAUGUACGACGGCCUCGGGAUCCACUGGGCGACCAUGAUUCCUGGCUUCCUCGCUCUCAUCUGUGUGCCCUUCCCCUUCCUGUUCUACAAAUACGGCCCCGCAAUCCGCGCGAAAUGCAAGUACGCCGCCGAAUCCGAAGCGUUCAUGCGACAAAUGCAAAACCAGAUGAAGGGCUCCGGUUCCGACGACGACGACGACGAAGACAAUGAUUCCGAAUUCGCUACUCCCAUGGAUGCCGCCGAGGCCGCCGAUGAAGAGAAGCCCCAUCAUAAGCACCACGGCGAACAUCCCACCGAGCCCGUAGAGGAAGUCGAACGUCAACCUUCUCUCACCGAGUCCGAGAAGGCAGAGGAUGGAUACCGCCGUUUUGCGCCGAUUCACGCUACCAGGAGCAAGCAGACGGCGAGAAGCCAGAGGAGUCAGAGGAGUCAGAACCACUAUUACUAUGACGAGAGUCCCUUUGAUCUCGAUCGCGUCAAUACGAUGGAUAGCUUCAAGUCGAAUACGAUUGCGAAUCAGAGCAAAGAAUUGCGGAGCGGUCUGAGGGGCGGUUCGAGGCGAGAAUCGCGGGCGAGUUCGCGGAGUCGGACGUGA